CUCUCCGCUCGUCCUUUGUUUUUUUCCUGGGGUCAUCACCAGAGCAAGACGUUCUUUUUUGAUUCUGCUGCCUUUUUUUUUUUUUUUUUUUUUCUUUUUCUAUUUUUUACUUGUUUUUCCCUGCUGCCUCUGGUGCAGAAGCCGGCUUUUCUGUGGAUGCUGAGGAUCAGUAGCCUCUAGCAUAGCUGGAGACGACGGCAGUCGGUGGAAAGGAGGGAGGCAGAGCUAAGCGGGAAGGAGCAGCGUUUUUACCUUGCUUGAUCUAUGAAAAGGCCAGAGCAGCCUCUGUGAUCCUGAGCAAUCUGUCCUUUAAUCGCAAGGUAUUUCCGAUUUUCUUCUUCAGAAAGCUUUUGUUUUUAGUCCUUAUUUUGCCCCCGUUGUUGUUGUACCAGCUGAGUCAUCAUGUCUGCUCUGACGCCUCAAAGCGACAUGCCAACCCCCACCACAGACAAGAUCACUCAGGCUGCCAUGGAGACCAUCUAUCUUUGCAAAUUCCGCGUGUCCAUGGACGGAGAGUGGCUGUGCUUGCGUGAGCUGGAUGACAUCUCGCUGACACCCGACCCCGAGCCUACCCACGAAGACCCGAAUUACCUCAUGGCUAACGAACGCAUGAACCUGAUGAACAUGGCCAAGCUGAGCAUCAAGGGGCUGAUCGAGUCGGCGCUGAACCUGGGCCGCACGCUGGACUCGGACUAUGCCCCCCUGCAGCAGUUCUUCGUGGUGAUGGAGCACUGCCUCAAGCACGGCCUCAAAGCCAAAAAGACUUUCCUUGGGCAAAAUAAGUCAUUUUGGGGACCUCUAGAAUUGGUAGAAAAACUUGUUCCUGAGGCUGCAGAGAUUACAGCAAGUGUUAAGGAUCUCCCUGGGCUGAAGACACCUGUGGGCAGAGGAAGAGCUUGGCUUCGCCUGGCUCUGAUGCAGAAGAAACUUUCAGAGUACAUGAAAGCCUUGAUUAACAGAAAGGAUCUUCUCAGUGAAUUUUACGAGCCCAACGCGCUGAUGAUGGAAGAGGAAGGUGCCAUCAUUGCUGGCCUCCUCGUAGGUCUGAAUGUCAUCGACGCCAACUUCUGCAUGAAGGGAGAGGACCUGGACUCCCAGGUCGGGGUUAUCGAUUUCUCCAUGUAUUUGAAAGACGGGAACAGCACGAAAGGCAGCGAAGGAGAUGGCCAGAUAACUGCUAUUUUGGACCAGAAGAACUAUGUAGAAGAACUCAAUAGACAUCUAAGUGCUACAGUAAACAACCUGCAGGCCAAGGUGGAUGCCUUGGAGAAAUCCAACACAAAGCUGACUGAGGAGCUUGCCGUUGCCAACAACAGGAUCAUUACGCUGCAGGAAGAGAUGGAGCGGGUUAAGGAAGAAAGCUCCUACAUCCUGGAGUCCAGUCGUAAGGCCACCAAGGACAGAACUGCUGACGGGCAGGCGCUGACUGAGGCACGGAAGCAGCUGAAGGAGGAGACUCAGCUGCGCCUGGAUGUGGAGAAGGAGCUGGAGGCGCAGAUCGGGAUGCGGCAGGAGAUGGAGCUGGCCAUGAAGAUGCUGGAGAAGGAUGUCUGUGAAAAGCAGGAUGCGCUGGUGGCACUCAGACAGCAGCUGGAUGAUCUCAGGGCUCUAAAGCAUGAACUGUCUUUCAAGCUGCAGAGUUCAGACAUGGGAGUGAAACAGAAGAGCGAGUUAAACAGCCGCUUGGAAGAAAAAACAAAUCAGAUGGCUGCCACCAUCAAACAGCUGGAACAAAGUGAAAAGGAUUUGGUGAAACAGGCAAAAACCUUAAAUAGUGUAGCAAACAAACUGAUCCAGAAGCAUCAUUAGACGUUUUUAUGUCUGGCCGCCUCACAGCUCUGACAUCAGAACUCAUUUAUGAGGGGAGAACUUGAGAAUUGCUAAAAGCAACUGUUAAAAUGUUAAUUGUCACCUAAAAUUGAUUUGGAAUUUGCCGAGUUUUUAAAAUCAAUGAGUUUUUCUGCCGCGAUUUAGUCGGGUACAAAAAUCCCCAACCCUGCCAUUUAAAGCGUGUUCAAGUACCAAGGAGCUGGCCACUGAGCGCCCGGGAAAGCGUCAGGAGAGGGCGAGGUGGCUGUGCCCAGCCGCUGCCGUCAGCGCGUGCGGCAGCACCGCCCUCGGGACCGCGGCCAGCUCGGGACAGUCAGCUCCUUUUCUGUAUUGCCCUUUUGUGAAGUAGAUGAGAAAUGCAUCCCUGGAAGUUGUUGACAGUAGUUGUGUGCGUACCCCGAGCCCUUCCCCGUUCUCUUCUGGUGUGUGGGUUCAGCCCCGAGUCCGAGCCGAGCGGGCGCGACGCUGGCCCGUCACCGGGAAGAGCGGCCCUCCCGUAACCGGCCUGCCUGGAUUCUGCCUUAGGGACUUGGGGGGAGGGCGGGGACUUAUCCUUAUUCCUUUCAACUUCAUGUGUCCAGAAUUAGUAGCUGUAGGUGUCUUAGAGUAACCCGAUAGAGUGGUAAGUUCAGUGGAAACCUCCUUCUCUUUGCAUUGCUUCUACCUCUGCCAGGAAUCCCUCCAGACAUAGCCUGUGGUCCUUCCCGACCCGAGGAAGUGGAGGAGAAGUGUUUUGGGAGGUCUUUCCCCUUCCCAGGAGGGGAAGUUACCGGUAUUCUAAAAAAUAAUCUGAUCUUCAUUCAAAGGAAACAAAAACACAUUAAAAAAAGAAGGAACCCGGUGUUCAACAGUGGGGAGUGGAGAUGGAAAUGUGCUCCUUGCCCUUCUCUUGUCUGAGUAAUUGGUGGCUGAAAAGAAUUGCCUUUUACACUUCUUGCAUUUUCUUCUGAGUUUGCCUUGCUCAAAACAAAUGGAAUUUGCUAAUGGAACAAGAGCUAAAGCUUGGAAACGCCUCUCAAUAAGAAAAAUAAUUGCCAGUUUAACACCCUGGUACAAAAUCUGAAGUAACUGUAGCUUGAACUAUUAUAAACUAACAGUCUCUGAUCCCUGAGGUUCCUGUGCUGGCCUCUCACAGGCUUUAGGUCGAUAAGGGCUCCUCGAGAUCUUUCUUUCUUCUGGAAGGUUGGAUUUGGGGAGUUUCUGUGUCGAAUGAGGGGUUUUUCGCUCUGGUGAGACGCCUGUAGUAAUUCUAUGGUGCCAGUUCUCCCUUUGACCUGUGGGACGGUGCUCCUUGGGGCAGCGGGUGGCAAAUGCGACCAACACAGGAGGGAACACCUCGGUGUGUUUAAAAAUCCACGGGGCUCAGCCUGCUCCCCGCGGAUGUGAGCGCGGCCACCGCGGGGCUCGUUCCUGGCUCCUGCUGGGAGCCUCCCUGCCGUGCCCGAGCCGCAUGCUUCAACCUAUAAACUCACCCCUCGGUAACCUGCUACUAGAAACUCAUCCUAACUCCCUGGAGAAUAAACAAUCCCAAGGGAAAGGUGGAAGCUUUGAUGGAGGUGUGCGAACAGGUGGCAUGGGCAGGAACCGCCCUGCCCCUUGGUGCAGUUCUGCUGUAGGAACAGGGGGUGGGAUGGUGAGGUUUGUGCUGAAAUCAGACAGAUUUAAGGAUCUGGCUGCUUCUGAUGUCAGGCCCCGAGAGGGAACGUGGUGGUGUACUGAUGCCUGGGGCUUGAGCCCAAGUGUCCAUCCACGGGAGAGACCAGGAACAUGCACUAAUUCUCAAUAGAGUAGCUACAACCUAUGUUGCAAGUUCCAGUUACCUGUGCAAAGCUGAAAUGUAACGUACAUUAAACUCCAAUUGGACCUAAAAUUCUGUGUACUUGAGGUUUGCUUCGAAUCUGGAUAAAAGUGAUGUUUUCUGUUUCUCAUCUAAUGGCUGUAAACUGUAGUGGUAGAAUAAAAACUAUUGAAAAUGAGA